CCCCUCCUCCCCUCCCAGCUUUCCGCUGGGGCGAUGGCGAGCGGCGGCGGGGACUCCCGCGGGGACUGCUGACCGAGGCGCUGCCCUCCCCCUGCCUCCCCCGGGAGGACGAGGCGAAGCCUCCCGCGGCUCCGCCGAGCAUGCUGCCCGCCCGCCUGGCGCCGCGGGGUCGGUGGGCGCUGCUGGCAGCCCCGGGGUGGGCGCUGCGGGGCUCGGGGACGCGGGUGCGACCCUGCGCGGGGUGGAGGCUGCAGCCCCUCGGCAGGGAGCCCCCCCCGCAGGCCAGGGGCAUCAGGGCCGAGAGACCUGCCGGUGGGGGCAAGCAGGUGUCGGUGCAAAGCGAUCAGAGAGGAGAAACCGUGCUGUCGGCUGCACAAAGAGUGAAAGAAGCUGGAAGAGACUUUACCUAUUUUAUCGUGGUGCUUGCUGGAAUUGGUGUUACAGGUGGUUUGUUCUAUGUGAUUUUUAAAGAGCUGUUCUCUUCUUCUAGUCCAAGUAAGAUCUAUGGAGAUGCCUUGGAGAAAUGCAGAUCUCACCCUGAGGUAAUUGGUGUUUUUGGUGAAUCUAUUAAAGGUUAUGGAGAGGCAACAAGAAGAGGAAGACGACAGCUUGUCAGUCACAUUGAGUUUGUAAAGGAGGGACUGAAGCAUAUGCGUUUGAAGUUCUAUAUUGAAGGCUCUGAAUCGGGGAAGCGAGGAACAGUUCAUGUGGAAGUUAAAGAGAAUCCUGAGAAAGGAAGAUUUGAGGUCCGCUACAUCUUUGUGGACAUUGACACCUAUCCUAGAAGAACCAUUGUCAUAGAAGACAACAGAUAGCAAAUGAUCAAAAUUGCCACCUCUUCUCAUUGAGUAUUGAGUGAUGUGGGUGUAACCAGUCUACACGUGAAUUGUUUGGUGUUCUCAAUUGUAUCUUGCAGCUUUGGGAUUGUGUAACAGGACGUACCUUCUCAGGGCUUCCGUUAAGGUCUUUCAUAAUAACAGGUACAGAAUUUGAAGUGAAGCCAAUAAGAAAAAAUAAUAGAGCCAUCACUUAUGGCAAAUACUUUUGACAUAGAAAAAUAAUGGCUCAUAAUAAACAGUUUAAUGCUGAAUCAUACUUUCGCACAGCCAAAAACUAAGUCUUCUAAGAUUUUGGGUUUGGAUGGGGAACUUCUUUUGUCUUCCUUUGCUUGGAUUUCCUACUAGCACUGCAAUAAACAAAGUGUUUUUUUAAAUGUAGGAGAACUCACUGUUUUCGUUCUGGAUGCCGUUGUAUAGGUAAGAAGGUGAAAUAAGAAUAUAUGUUAGUGAUGCAAAAGCAGUCUAGCCCAAAGACAUGUAAGAAUGUGGAUUGUAGAGGCACACAUCCUUGGCAAAUGUCUGGAGAUAAAAGACUUAAGUAUUGGUAUCUUCUAAAUAGAUUGGCAGCACACAGAACAGCGGUACUGUCUGCUCUUUCCAAUGUUUGCCAUGCCGCUCUGCUACCUCAUGACAGUGUUGUAGCUGCUCAGCACUGCCCACAGUUUUUUCCCUUAACUGAACUAAUUUAAAUUUUCUGGGAAUCUGAUUCAUACAGGUUUAGCCAAACUGAAAAGCUCAGCUUAUGACCAAAUUUCUCAGCUGGGUUUCCUCCUUAGUGCAGUAUUGCAGAUAGCAAGCAGAGCUCUGUUAGUAAUCAGACUCAAGUCAUGCCCGUCUGUCAAGCAUCACCAACCAAAAAAUUUCAAGCUUUAACUAUUUACUUUUGACAGCUUUCUUGAACACCAACUAAUGCAUUUUUCUGUUCUUAGCUAUCAUACGUAAUGAAUUAUCCCUACAUUGAGCAUACAGGGAUAUUCAGUUAUCAACCCUUAUUGCAAGUUCAUUUAAUGGUACAUUUGGACUGUUCUAAAAUUCACACAAUAUUCUCUCAUAAAAUGCCACAAAUAUCGUACCUAGAUCUUUAGUAAUACUUUACUGGACUGUAGCCAUCAUGUUCAUGUCUCCCAGUAAUCUCAUUCACAUAAUAACAACUAAACAUAAUACCUUGAUAGACCUGGGUAAUUUUGCUUUGUAUUAAUCACUACAACCUUGACUUCAGCCAGAUCUUCAUGUUGUUUGAAAGUAUUCAAUGAAGAGCUAUCAUGCAUUCAUCCAGUUUGUGAGCAGAGCAGAGUAACCACACAUGACAGCAGAGCAGUGGCAGAUGCUGAUCCAUAUUAGACUGGUAGGCAUUUUGGAAUUUCUACACUGCAUAACUGAUUUCUGCUGUGCAAGCCAAAGGAGUUUUUACGAAACUUGAAUUGUAGUUGAAACUGACUGAGGUGAUUUCAUAGCCAUUUGUUUCAGCAGAGUUAUAGAUUUGUCUGCUUUCUUACAUCCUUCAGUGGAUGCUUGUCAAGACUAGUGAGCCCAUAAUUUUACACAUCUUUAAAAGCUAUGAAAAGUGUAUCGGUGGCUCCCUAUUGUAAGUAUGACAAAUAAUUGUGAUAUUUGAUACAUAGCCAUGAAGCAAGUUUGAUAAAUUUAUUUUUACCUACAGUUGUUGACAUAGUUCAUGCUCAUUGGAAAGGCGUCUUUAAGUAAUGAUGCUGACGUCUGUGGUAUAAUAGACUUGCUAGGCCCUGUGGAUGGCAAACAACUUGUAUUUGCGAAAGAGAGUGGUUGGCAAGGGAGCAACUGGCAACGUGCAGCUGCAUCUGUUGAAACAGGUAGAUUAGGUGGCUGUCAAACACUUGUAUCAGCUAAGUGACACUUGGGGUGAGACGGAAGCCUCAUAGCCUGGUGUUGCUUCAAUUAAGAGCAAAAACACCCUUGAAAUGACAUACUGAGCUCCCCGCGUGGCAAAG